CUAUCUUACGGGGGGCCCUCCGAAGUACGGUGGCAUGGGGAGGUAGGGGACGGGGAACGUGGAAGAGGGGCGGUGUGGGUGAGGGAUGGGCGGGGGCAUCGCCACAGGAGGGUUGGGGGGGGCUGGGGGGACAGGUGCCGCCGUCUUCUUGCCAUCCCUCGUACCUCUCCCUGCUGAGCUGCUAUAGGUCGACAGAAUCGAAUCCACACACAUCCUGCAGUAAUAACCAACACAGCAGCCCCUAUGUGAACAAGCUCUUUGUAACACAGCAAGCAGUGUGCUUCCAGCACUUGAAGGACUUAAUGGACGUCUGACAGACGGACAGACAGACAGAUAGAGUGUGAGUAGUGUUUUCGAUUUGGACCGACAUGCUUGUGUGCAAGUGGGCCCACCUGAUCGUUCUGCAGAAGGCUCUCGAGCUCUGCCCUCUUUGACUGGUCUAUUCCCAUGUCCUGGACAAACUCAUCGCCCAUCGACAAAUAUCGAGUCGCCUCGGAUAUCCUGCAUACGCAUGCACACUGCAUACACACAGUCCAUCCCGUGCAAGCCCCACCUCGGCUGGCUCCAGUCGACCAUUUUGCAGAGCUCGUUGAUCUUGCCGCCCUGCAUGGCCUGCAUCCUCUUGACGGCCUCGAUCUUCCGGCGCCAGUCACCGAUAGUGCUGCAACGCUGCUUGCGACGGUUGGCCGUGACGGACAGCGGAGCAUCGGGAUAGCCGGAUGCCUCUGAGGCAUGGGGGGCGCGUGAUCCGUGCUGGAUGCCCCCAGACGCCACGCCGUUCAGCAGCUGGACCUGCACAGUGAAAUACAUUCGGGUGUACGCCUAGCUGUCUGGAUCUUCAUUAGGUUGUCACCGGGUACCUCGUAGAGGAAUAGCCUGAGCGAGACGUCUGCGUUUGGAUCCUUGAUGAUUUGCAGCGGCAGCCACUUCAUCCUGAUGCUCGAGGGGCUGUCGAAGGGCAGGUGACCGAUGCAGUACAUGCAGUGCCGGCCAGACGGGGAGCGCUCGAUGUAAACAUCGAAACAACCUGUGUGGGCAGAUAGCAUGAGUGAGUGACGCAACCAUUCCUCCCGCUACAUCUCCUUCCUGUUCGCUCUGGUGGAUACCUGCCCUGAGUCGCGGGAAGUGCUCCUGUAUGGUGUUGAAGCAGUCAUGUGCGUAGGCAUGGAGCACCUUCAUGGAGCUGUGCCGCACGCGGACAUGCGCAGCCAGUUUGGACGCCUUCACCGUUGCCGAGUCCUUGCUGUCGGAAAGCAGGAUCAGCUCGAGGAUCACCUUCAU